CCGUACAGUGACGUCACAUUGUUUAUGACGUAGUGUUGAUUGUCAUGACGUCAUUUUUUAAUCUACAAUAACUGAAGUUUAGAGCGGAAAAAACUUGAUGACCCGUUAUUGAUGCCGGGUUUAGAAGGGACCGGGUACGUGCCGUAUGUACCAGACGAGGUCCCCAUCUCGGGAGAGUACUCCUACAUCGUGGGGGGUACAGAGAUGGUGAAGUCACCUAAUAAGAAGGGGGAGGUGUCAAGAAUGUCCGAAAUCAUGAUAUCCCUUGGGGGCUCCCAGUCGUCGUCGAUGUCGAUGCUGGAUAUUGAACGACGUAACGCUGCCUCUGCAAUCCGUGUCGCCAAUCGGCCAUCGGUAUGGGACAUGGUUGGCAACACCCUGGUGCAAUGUUUACGUGCUGUGGUUGGUGACAACAAUAACCACAGCAGAACCUAUCGUUACCAGGACGAGUAGGCCGUGUCACAGAAUAGUCCGUGGGAUGCUGAUUAUAGUGCUGCAGCACUGUUUGUUUAUUUGCAUGAAAUAAGAAGAAAAUAAAGUUUAGUAAUACUA